AUGGCACUGCAGUCAGGUCACAUGAAUCAAGUUCACCUUUACAGCUCGCAAAGCUCUGAUUGUCCAACCUCAAAAGUUCAUCAAUCCGAUGGCAACACAAAAUAUAGUCCAAGAUUUCAAGUAAACAACAAAAUCCAUUACGAGUUCACGUCCCUAUGUUAUCAGCUUUUGAUCAUCCAGAGUUUACUGUUGGGAUUCGCUGAUUAA